GACUUCAAGACACCUUCUCCUACGGAGGCCUUCGACCCAGUCGCCUGGCUCAAUGCCAGGCUCGCGCGGAGCCAUGUGCCCUUUGACAAACUGGAUCAACACUUGUCAUCUCUUGGAAUGAGCUGUCAGCUUCUCUGCCAAGAUACCUCCGAAGCUAUUGAGCUUGCAAGUAACCAGUUGGUCGCGCAGCUCUCCACUUCAAGCCGGGGAAUGGAGAAGAUGAGACAAGAGGCCCUGAGCGGCCAUGCGCGCAUGGCCGAGGUGCUCGAGGGGCUCAAGGACGCCGAUGACAAGAAGCGAGCCAGUCUCAAGGGCCUGGCCGAGAUCGACGCGGUGAAGACCCGCGUUGAGACGGCCUUGAGCGCGCUGCGCGAGGUCAACUCGUGGGACCGGAAAGUGAAGGACUGCGAGCAGUUCGUGCACUCCGGGAACCUCCGGGAGGCUCUGAGCCAGCUGCGGGGCCUGGGAGGCGUGCUUGAUGCCUUCCGGAUGCUUCCUGAGUUCGGCAGGAAGGAGGAGCAGCUGAAGCAGCUCGAGGAGCAGCUCCUCGCGGCAGCUCGGCGGCGUGGCCGUGCGGCCGUUGAGAAGAGCGUGGUCGAGGAGCUGAAAGCAUGCCGCGAGGUGUUCGCCGGAAUGAACCGGCAGGAAGAGACAGCUGCCAUCGCGGUGGCCGUAUUCUCCGACCUGGCUGAGAGGGCUUGGGCGAACCAGGCUCCCGGUGCUGGCGCCUCUGCAGCAGAGUUGGCGAAAGCCGGCAGUGCCGUCCUGGACUCCUUGGUACAGGCCCUUGCGGAGCGCGGGGCCUUGCUGCAGGUCCUCGACGCACCUGACGACCAAGUCGAGGCCGGCAGCCAGCAGUCCGUGACAAUCUCGGUCGUGAAGGCCGUUCUAGGCGCCGUGGGCGCUCAUGUCCAGCGUGCCCUUGGAGACGGACGCGGUGGCAGCCAGGUGGAUGAGGCGACUGCUCAUGCACGGUCGUCUACAGCGGUGGCCUUGCUGGCUGUUUACGUCGAUGGAUUUGCCGCCCUUGCCCCAAGUCCGGCCCUGGAGGGGCGAUGGCCCGAGGUCUGCCGUGUGAGCAACACGGAGGUUGAGGUCUUACCAUGGUCGCUGCUGCGAGAAGUGGUUCGGUUUGUUCUUCUGCGGCCCAUGGAGGACGACGCGGCCUCCCUUGCACCGCCUAGCCGCGCCUUGAGACCCUCGGAGGCGGUCCUGGCCGCAGAGAGCAACGCAACGAGGCUCCUGGCGCUGCCCAGCACCUGGGCCCGGCGCUUGGAGACGCAGCGCGCGGCGCAGCUGGCGGUGCCUUGGCUCGCAUGCGUGGAUGAAGCCAACGCAGCGUACUGGCGCUCCUGGGAUCGUCUCAUCGACACCUUCGCUAACACGCUGAAGGCCAAGAGCGCUGAGGCGGCAGCCACGGACUCUUCAGGCUAUGACCCCAACUUCCUGCAGGAGGUCAUGCAGCUUCAUGCCAUGCUUCAUGACACGCUGCCGGCCAAGUUCUCUUCUUUUCAGGCCGAAGUUCUGAAGCAAGCCGGGCAGCUUCACUCAUCACAGCUCGAGUCUCCCUUCAGCCGCGCUUUGAAGGAAAAGAUGAAGGAUCCGGAAGUUUGGUGCGAGCAGCUCGGCAUUCCCUCCAUUCCGGCCCUGAAAGCUGCUUCAGAUCUCAUGGAUGGCGUUGGCAUCGGCAGCUUUGACUCUGGCCGCGCUGUCUUGCCCGCAGCAUCCGCGGCGCUGGCGGCGGCGGAGACCAAGGUCCGCGGGGUGGUGACGCGCUGCUGCGCUGAGCCCGUCUCCAACAUCCUCCGGGGCUAUCCCGAGAUGCAGGAGUGGUCGCGAGAGGGACCAGGCGACGAGGUGUCACACGGACCUUUGCAAUGCAUUACGCUGGUCCCAGAGCAUUUGUUCUCGCUCAUACCGCAGCUCGAAAAAUCACAGGAGAGCUCCCAGCUACAAUGGCUACCGGCUGUCCUCGAGGCUGCGGUGGAAGUGGUGGUGCAGAAGGUUCUGCAGAUAAAGCAGCUGACCCCAGCUGGGGUUGUGCAGCUUUGCGUCGAUUUGGACUACCUGCGCAAG